GUCCGCUAUAUAGCUAGGACGACUAGCUAACAUUCUUAAUUUCUUUCUACCUAGCAAGCUUUAAGGAUACAACAUAUAUGGGUAUUCUUGCAUUCGAAGAGGAUUUCAAGCCAAUCACUCUUAGCCAACGGGACGCCUUCCUCCCAUUCUUUGUCCAAAAUGGGAGCUUCACCAAUGGAGAAUUAGGUGAAAACAAGAGGAUGAUCAAAACGGUGCCGCCUCCGGCAAGGAAGAACAUGCACAUCACGGUGGUGGAGCCGCGGUCCAAAGACGAUGAGGCUCGCCUGAAAUGCAUGCUUGCAAAGUAUCUUGACACAAUUGCCCAACGAGUCAAUUACCACAUAGGUUAUCCAGUGAACAUAGUGUAUGAACACUAUGCAACUUUAGCGCCGUUGAUUCGUUACCACUUGAACAAUUGUGGGGAUCCAUUCAUUGAGAACACUGUUGAUUUUCAUUCCAAAGAUUUUGAAGUUGGGGUUUUGGAUUGGUUCGCUCAACUUUGGGAAAUUGAAAAGGAUGAGUAUUGGGGGUAUGUCACCAAUGGUGGCACUGAGGGCAAUCUCCAUGGCAUUCUCCUUGGGAGAGAGGUACUUCCAAAUGGAAUAUUGUAUGCAUCAAGAGAAUCACACUACUCGGUCUUCAAGGCUGCACACAUGUAUAGAAUGGAGUUUGAAGGAAUUGAGACAAUGAUCAAUGGGGAAAUGGACUACAAUGAUUUGAAGUCCAAGUUGCUUAGAAACAAGGGCAAGCCAGCCAUUAUAAAUGUCACCAUUGGAACAACCUUCAAAGGAGCCAUGGAUGACUUGGACGCGAUCAUCCACGCUCUCGGUGAGUGCGGAUAUUCGCACGACCAAUUCUACAUCCACUGUGACGCAGCCCUCUCGGGCCUCGUUGUCCCAUUCGUAAAAAACGUCCCAAAAAUCACGUUUAAGAAGCCGAUCGGGAGCGUCACGAUUUCAGGGCACAAGUUCCUCGGUUGCCCGAUGCCUUGCGGCGUCCAAAUCACGAGAAAAUGUCUCAUCCACAAUCUCUCUCGGAACGUGGAGUACAUUGCCUCCGUGGAUGCCACGAUUUCGGGCAGCCGGAACGGGCUGACCCCAAUUUUCCUAUGGUACAGCCUGAGCACCAAGGGUCGGGCCGGGCUCCAGAAGGACGCCCAGAGGUGCAUUGAGAACGCGGCACGACUGAGGGACCGGUUCCGUGGGGCGGGGAUCAGCACCAUGCACAACGAAAACGGCAUUACGGUCGUAUUUGAGCGACCGCGCGACAAAGAGUUCGUUCGUCGUUGGCAACUCUCUUGCGUGCGCGACAUGGCACACGUCAUCGUCAUGCCGGGCGUCACAAGUGAGGCGCUAGACAACUUCUUCAAAGAUUUGGUGCAAGAAAGGGCAAUGUGGUACAAAGAUGGAAGGGAUCAACCUCCUUGCCUUGCAGAUGAUCUUGGCCCCAAUAAUUGUUACUGCCCCAUUCACCAACAAAUAUGAUCUUUAAACAAAAAAACCAUAAAUAGCCGAUAUAUCAAUAAUAAAAUUUGAUCCAAUAAGCUAGACGGCCAAAUAACAGAUUUCUACAAGAGUUUUGCGUACUUAUUCACUAUAUAUGUGUUUGUGUUCGUCAAAUUUUGAAUCUAUGUUUGUAUUGAUGCAUAAUGAUAUGUAACUUUUCUUAUCUUAACGUAUCUAUACUAUUCAAUUUGACAUUUUUCUAGUCGAACUAUAUAAGCAUUGAUCAUCAAUGAAAUAUAAGGAACAUU